AUGUCUAUAACAAUGAGUAUGGACGCUUUCCAUAAUACUUCACUUCACAUUGGUGAUGUGGUGUCCCUCUAUGCGGAAGAUCGUGGACGGUCAAAUGAGGAACGACCCGACGAACGCCUUUCGUCUAAAACUGGCUUCUUAUCAACACUUGGUCUUGUGGACGACAGAUGCAUUGUGGAAGUUGGUGAUGGAACGCCUGAUGCACCGCCGAAAAAAUUCCGAGGUAUCGCGACUUUUUUACACGUGGUCCGACAUUAG